UUCAGAGUUGAUGAUGAUUGAUUACCCUAGAUGGUGAAAAUCUGUGUCAUAUUUUUCACUUUGAUAUCAGCUUCAUAGGAAUCUGUUCUUCAGAAGUGGAGAACAUGCUCUACUGGUGUGCCUUGGUUUAUUUGUAUAGGGUGGAGACUCUGGAACUGGGCGUGGGUUAUAGUUUUUGAAUGACAUGUCAGUGAGAAAUGAAUUCUUCAACGCAACACCAUGACAAGACAGACACGCAGUGUGAAAUAAUCUUACAAAAUAGUGUGCUUUGAAAAAGACAGAAAUGUCGGUCUUUUGAUCUACAUGUUUCAAUUUCAAAAUUAGUAUCCGUUUGUUGAUCUUUGAUGAGGACCGAACCACGGCUGUUCCAUACAGAGUUUAACAGCAUGUCAACUUUCUGCUGUAUGUGCGCUGACCAGGAGAACGACCCAUGGGAUGUCGAGUAUGCAGCAAUAGGCUGAACUCCGGCAAGGCGCUGUCAAAAGUGUCGGUCUUCCUUAUCAUGCUUCUGCUCUUUAUGUAUUUAUUCUACAACCUCACCGGAUUAUGCGACUCUUUUCCGAAAGGAAGAUUAGACCAGCAAACCUCCGCCAGCGAAGAUGAAUCCAAAGACGGCGUUCAGGACAGUGUAAGACGCUCAGAAUAUUCCCGUUACGCACAAGCCGUGCGCAACAGAACGGACUUUGUCACCGGCUUGUCCAGUCAUGUCUCGUCCAAAUUUGUCUGGCAAGUGGUCGGUGGUCACCCCGAGCAACAGAUGCUGGACAGCGCGGGUACCAGCGAGACUGUGUCCAAGAGUGGACUACCGGUGUCCAACACAUUUGGGUCUAAAAAAUUCCCCCAAGCCAUUAUCAUCGGUGUCAAGAAAGGGGGGACGAGGGCGCUCCUGGAGUUUCUGCGCAUCCAUCCCGAUGUCAGGGCAGUUGGCGCGGAACCUCAUUUCUUCGACAGAUUCUAUGACAGAGGACUAGAGUGGUACAGGAGUCUGAUGCCGCGCACGCUAGACGGCCAGGUGACCAUGGAGAAGACGCCCAGCUACUUCGUGACCAAAGAGGCCCCCAUGCGCGUCUGCUCCAUGAACUGUGACACCAAGCUCAUCGUGGUGGUACGGGACCCGGUGACCAGGGCGGUGUCCGACUAUGCCCAGACGUUGUCCAAGAACCCCGGGCUGCCCUCCUUCCAGAGCCUGGCCUUCCGCAACUCCUCCGGCCCUCUGGACACCAUCGACACGUCCUGGAGCGCCGUACGCAUUGGCCUGUACGCCCAGCACCUGGAGGGCUGGCUGCGCCACUUCCCCCUCUCGCAAUUCCUCUUCGUCAGCGGCGAGCGGCUGGUGGCCGAUCCGGCAGGGGAGAUGGGGCGCGUCCAGGACUUCCUGGGCCUCAAGCGCAUCGUCGGGGACAAGCACUUCUACUUCAACCAGACCAAAGGGUUCCCCUGCCUGAAGAAGCCAGAGGGGAGCGGGCACCCCCGCUGCCUGGGCAAGUCAAAGGGCCGCCCCCACCCGCUCAUACCUCCAGAGGCCCUGCAGAGCCUCAGGGAGUUCUACAGGCCAUUCAACCUCAAGUUCUACCAAAUGAGCGGCCAGGACUUUGGCUGGGACUGACAGACUAAUUCACAACAGAGGACAAGUCUAAGACUGGCAUAUAACAUCAUCUCCGGCUGUAUAUGUCAGCAGCAUUCAAGUUGAGAGAUCUAUCUGAGGAAGCACUGUCAGACAUUUGGCUUGUUGCCCCAAGCCAGCGAUGAGUGCUGAGUUACUGAAAUAUCACCAAAUUAUGGGUAUGGAUAAGUUGAUUAUCACUUACACUGGAAACGUCAUAAUGAAGACGUUCUUGUUUUUCCCACCAGGCCGUCUGUUGAAGGCUCUAGUCCAAAGAGUAUUGGUUGAGUGCUAGUGGCAUGACUGCAGGUGGUGCAAUGCAGUGGAGUGCAUUGCAGUGAGCACAUGAAGACACAUUGCAAUUAGCUGUUUGAGUGAGAAUGUCAGAGAGAUCACAAAUUUCCAUUGUGUAGCAAUAGACCACACAGUGCAACUUGAACUCAUUCCAAUCCAUUGUAAGCUAACUCACUUGUCUGUCAGAAGUCAGUUGGACCGAGAGACUGCGAGUGAACAGGAUGUAAUGAAAUUUGCUCAGCACAGGAAAAGUUCCAUGAGCUGAGUGUCAGAGUUGUCAAAAAAAAUGCCUCACAUGAUUAAUGUGCUUCUUCAAGCAGCUCUUUCCACCUUCACAAUAUUGUGAGGCCUGUUUUUUUCCAGUCUUCAGGAAUGUAUAUAUAUUGUAAGUCUGUAUAGAUGUUGUUCAUUUUAAGGUGAAUAUUAUGAAAAUCCCGGGAUACAUUUACAGUGUAAACAUCAUAAAGAAUAUUGACAAAUAUCUGUUCAAUUUAGGGCUGGGCAAUAUGGCAAACAAAAUGGGCACACUGUAUAUUUCCCAUAUUCUCUGAUACUCGUUGUUAUCACAGUUCUGUUCAUGCUGCUUUAUCAUUUCCCAUCACCUCACAAAUAAUCGUCCUCAACAAAGCUAGUCAAAGGUUUCGUUUAAAAAAUACCCAUUGCUGAUCAUGAGAAUUGACCUUAUAUUUAUCACAGUCGUGAUUUUAAUGCCCAGCCCUUGUUCAACUGUAUUAAUGUAUGUUGUACCCUUAUGAAUGAUAUCAAUAUCAGCAAAAUAACUGUUCAGCUGUGCAUGAACAGGAUUUCUUGCUUUGGAUGGAGGUUGUGGCCGUUCGAGCUGUUGCAUUAAACACAAAUGCCAAACAACAUGGAUGUCGUGCUUCGUGAAAUGACACACAGAUUGUAUUU